AUGUCUCAGCCCACGUUCUCCCCCACGUUUGAGAGGAUACGCGCCGUGGAGGUCUUGCCCGUGUCUACGUCCUCACCAGUGCGAACUGCAAGGGCCAUUGCUCCGGAAUCAGCGCUGUCCUCGUCCGAGACAUUCGGCUCCGAAAUCAAGACGCUUCUUGUUUCUCGCUCGAACCCCGGCUCCACUGCGAGUCCGUCGACGAACACCGGUGUGACUCCACUUCCGCACAUUGACCGCCGGGGUCUACUCGAGGCUAUUGGUCCUUGGCCCACAGAAGAGGACGCGCAUGCUAUGUUGGACACUGUGGUCUUCAACGUCGGCAUUUCGCAGCAGUUAUUUGAUGUCCGGGCGUUCUCGGAUAACCUCUCCGUGCUGUAUCAAGAGACCAGCGCGAAUGUGAGACUUACUGAGAUCUGGAUCGUGGAAGCUCUCUUGGUAUUUGCUGUGGGUAGGCUACUCCAAAGCAAGGAUGAUGAGAAUGGCGAUCUUCCAGGGACAAGGUUCUUUCAAGAGGCAGUCAAGCGGACUCCUUUAUUGAGUGAUUUGAGGAAGCAUGGCAUCGUUGGCGUUGAAGUGAUGGCUUUGACCGCUCUCUACCUUCAGAUCGUCGAUCGAAAAGAUGAUGCUUAUUUACAUGGCAAAUUCAACGCCAAAUUUAAGGCGGUCGGAUAG